AUGGCUGAUGAACAUUGCAGUUCAUCCUCUUCAGACAAUAGCUUUGACGAAGAGGCUUGGAUCGCGAACCAGCAAUCCUUGCUGAGACGUCAACGCCUUCAACGUCUGGAGAGAGAGCGGCGCCUGCACGCCCUACUUAUAAUGCAGGUGCAUCCGUUGCAGUUGGAAGAGCUACCUCCUGUGGAGCCGAUCAUCAUUGAUGAUUGGGAGGUACCUGUACUCAACCAGGAGCAGCCUGCGAUCCAGAUCCCCCAGGAAGUGGCGGAUGUCGAGGUAGCUGCAGAUGUCCAAGACUUUUUGGACAACUUCUUCAACGAUCAACCGCAGCCUGCUGCUCAACCAUCCCCUCCACCAUCACCACUUGCUGAACUGUUGCCUCCGCCAUCACCACCUCCACCAUCGCCAAUCCCCCAGGAAGUGGUGGAUGUCGAGGUAGCUGCAGAUGUCCAAGACUUUUUGGACAACUUCUUCAACGAUCAACCGCAGCCUGCUGCUCAACCAUCCCCUCCACCAUCACCACUUGCUGAACUGUCGCCUCCUCCCUAA